AUGAAAAUAUCACAGCAAAUAUGGAACGAUCUACUUACGACACCAAGUAUUCCUACGGUCACACAAGUCAAAUAUAUAGAUAAUGAAUGGUUGAAUGAACUUAUUCAUUUUAUUUUGAAUGGUUCGUAUGAUAAAGUCUUCAUCGAAAAUCCAAAUCUACGAGAUUUUAUUAAUAAAAAUCAUGAUGAUUCUCAAUGGAUUGAGAUUAUGGAUAAAUUAAAUCAUGACGAAGAAUUAGCUGAUCUUUUACAUAUAAUCAUCGGCAUUGCAUAUCUUCAAUUGUUCAUUAUCAAUAAUUUUCUUGGACCAAAAUGUGAACUUGAUAAUCUAGAAAUACCCAUUCCACAAUCUACAAUCAAUGAACAAUUAACUUGUGACGGUGAAAUGCCUGUUGCAACUAUUGAGCAUUUAGAUUAUUUAUAUCAAGCAACUAAAAUAUUCAAUAUUUCACAAAAUCAAACAAAUAAAAAUUGGACUUGGUAUUGGUGGACGAUGCGAACGUUAUUUACGCAUCAAAAAAUGCUAGAUGAACAUUCAAUGACAUUAUAUAAUAAUAUCCAAACAUGUAUUGAUAAACUCUUCAUUUGUCAGCCAGACAUGAAUAAAACACAGCAGACUUUAUUCUCUAUUGAAAUAGCUUAUAUAUUUGUGUAUUAUUACAAUUGGAAACAAGCAGAAGUAGCUAAGAAUCAAGCAAUUCAAAUUUCGGGUUUAGAAAUUAAUUUGACAGGUCAACUGGGUAAAAGAACGCGCUAUCAAAUAAAUGAUACAUCACAAUUACUUCUUGAUAUUACAAGAAACAAAACUGACGAAACAUUAACUAAUAAUAAUAAUAACAACAGCACAGCAACAGAGGAGAAUUUGAUAUUACCUAAAAACAUGGCAUUAAAUGAUGAUGUGGUUCUUAAUCAAAUUCAAUUUAAAAAUGAAACCGAUAAUCAAAAUUUAACUAUUCAAUUAAAUAUUGUUGAACAAUUAACUUUAUUAUUCGUCAUAUAUGAUCGGCAAAUCAAUAAUCCACGUCAUGAAAUUACAACCGAAGAACAAUUAGCGUUUUUAACUUAUAUAUUAGCUCGACCAUUAAAUUGGUGCAUUCAAACAUGUUCACUUAUAUUACGUUGCCAGCAUGAAACAGAAAAUAAACGUAAAAUUGAACGCACAUUAUUACAAUUACAAGAAUUGAUUGACCAAUUUGAUUAUAAAAAUCCAUCAAGCUCAUUUCGCUUAGAAUAUUUUCAUUCAACACCAGUUUAUCCAACAUGGAAAUUAAAAAGUUAUAUUGCGCACGUUUAUGUUAAACUUGGUCUCGUUAAUAAUGCACUCGAUUUAUAUUUAUAUUUAAAAAAAUGGUCUGAUGUUAUAGCAUGUUAUCAAAUAUUAAAAAAACUUUCAUUAGCUGAACAUGUAAUUCGUGAACAAUUAAAAAUAAAAGAAACGCCGGAGUUAUUCUGUUCAUUAGGUGAAGUUACCGAUGAAUUAGAAUAUUUUGAACGGGCAUGGAUAAUAAGUAAAGAACGUAAUGGGCGUGCACAACGUUUAAUGGGAAAAUAUUAUUUUAAUCGAGGAAAUUAUGAAAAAGCCUGUGAACAUUUAUUAAAAGCUGUUGAAAUCAAUUCAUUACAACAUGACACAUGGUUUUGGCUUGGUACUGCAUCAUUUCGUACGGAAAAAUGGGAAUUAGGUGUACGAGCGUAUAGUCGUUGUACUAAUAUUGAAACAGAUAAUUUCGAAGCAUGGAAUAAUUUAGCUGCAUGCCAUAUAAAAUUAAAACAAAAAGAUAAAGCGCAUAAAGUUUUUCUUGAAGCAAUUAAAUGUAAUUACGAUAAUUGGAAAGUAUGGGAAAACUUUCUUUGGACUAGCGCUGAUUGCGGAGAAAUCGAAGAUGUUAUGCAGGCGUAUCAUCGUUUAAUUGAUCUGAAAACUAAAUAUGUGGACAAAGAAGUUUUACAACGAUUAGUAAAUUUAUUAUCUGAAAAUGAACAAAAUGAAAUAUGGCUGAAGAUCUAUCAAAAAUCCCUUGAACUAUUUGGAAGGCUCACUGCACAAGUAACAAAUGAUGCUGACGUUUGGGAAUUAUACAGUGAUUUAUGUGAAUUAAAAAAAGAUGAUACAUCAAUUGAUUGGCAUAUGAAAAUUCUACAACAAUUACAACGAGCACAUCGAUGUGCUAUAAAUCAGACAUCAAGUUGGGAAAAUGAAAUCGAAACUAUCAGAAGUGUUCUUAUAUUAUCAAAUAAACUGGCUGCUAAAACAAUUGAAAAACUCGGUGAACAUGUUGAGAAUGAAAAUUUUAAACAAUCAUGUCAUUCCAUACGUCUGACUUUAAAUUCUGUUAUGACUCGGUUAAAACAGAAAUAUGAUUCAUCACUAAUGACAACUGAUGAAAAAAUUAUGAAUGAUAUGCAAGAACUAGAAAAAUCAAUAUUACAAUUGACCGAUAUGCUACGCAAAAGUUGA